CACAGGGAAGAGAUCACAUAUGAGGAUGAGGAGGAAGAAGAAUACGUGGAGGAGGAAACAGAAGAAACCAUAGUGGAGACCAAAAAGGAACCACCACCACCACCUAAGCUGGCCCACCCACCUCCCCCGCCUGCCGCUGUCCCUCCUCUCCGCAGAAAAUCUUCCGCCAACUAUCGAGCCUAUGCGGUUGAGCCGCAUGACAAGAGAAAACCCAAGAUAACAGCUUCUCGGAAAUUGCAACUCAAGGCGUUGAUGCUCCAGGUGGCAAAGCAGGAUAUGGAAAAGGAGGAAGAAGAGCGUGCCCAAGAGAAAGAGCGAUACCUCUCUGACCACUGCACCCCUUUAGAACUAGCAGGCCUCGGCCUCACAGAACUGCAGGAGAUGUGCCGGCAGCUCCAUGCGCAGAUCAGCAAGGUUGAUGAGGAGCGCUAUGACAUGGAGGCCCGAGUCAGCAAGAGCAUCAAUGAGAUCGAGGAUUUGAACCAGAAGAUUUUUGACCUGCGAGGCAAGUUUAAGCGCCCGGCUCUCCGCCGCGUCCGGCUCUCUGCUGACGCCAUGAUGCAGGCCCUUCUAGGCUCCAAGCACAAGGUCUCCAUGGAUCUACGAGCCAAUCUCAAGCAGGUCAAAAAAGACGACACCGAGAAGGAGAAUCGGGAGGUCGGGGACUGGCGGAAGAACAUUGACGCUUUGAGCGGCAUGGAAGGGCGCAAGAAGAAAUUUGAGGCCUCCACAGGACAAGCUUGAGCUGUGUGUGAGAUGGGUGCCGCAUGUUUCCCACUGAUCUUUAGAUGUUGUUGAUGCCCACGGCCUUGCAUCUCUGCAAGAAGACUCACAUUCCCGACUGCAUUAAUGUUCCCUGUGGUGUGAAUUUCUGUAGCAAAAAGUAGAAAAAUGCACUGUAGAGGCUUGUUCUCCAGCUUGCUUCAUUAUAUAUACAGUAUAUAUAUAAAAUUUACUUUUGGGAGAAUCAGGACUGUAACAUCCACCAUAAAAAGUGGUCCCUUUUAAACUGUCUGUGCGCAUACACCCAAACUGAUACCGGUAGUAGGGAACAGAUGGGAGGCAAGGAAAUAGAUGAUUUUGUGCAUGUAAUGGUGCGUGCGUUGUUGGUGUUAGUGCGCACGUGUUUCCCCGUAAUUUAAAAGCAAUGUUCAUCAGAGACUGAAGGAGGACCCCACAGCCUCCAGCAAGCUCAGGGGUCUCCUCCUGACUUCCUCUCCACCAAGGAUGAGUGAUCACGUGAAUGGCAGAAGUGUGUUUCUCUUUUGCUGGCCUAGUUAGCAUUUGCAGUUGCUUUGAGAAAGGCCAUGUCUCACCUGAGGCCAUUUGAAAUAAACAGGUUUCACGUCUGUGUUGAAUUUUCUGGCCAGUGACUGUCUUGCAAGUGAACCAAAAGAGGUAGUAAAGAGAGCCCUUAUUGGCCCUGCCGGUCCAACAUUAACUUGUUUUUUUGCAGCAACUCUGAAUGCAAAGAAGGGAGAGUUUUCACCAUAGAGUAGGACAAACUCCACCUGCUAGAACUCCCUCUUCUACACAGCUGUUAAGGGUCCCUAUCCUAGAGAUGGCAAGGAAUAGAGCAGGGCUGGAGAAACUCAGAGCUGGGAGCCAAUGGAGAUUCUCCAGGCCUCUGUAGCCGGACCUUGGUUCUCUUCCCAGGCUAUACAACCUUCCCAGCCACACUGUCUGCCAGUCCUGCUUCUCACCCCCCUUGAGCGCUGAAAUGUGCCUUUGAACUCUGCCUGGAUAGGGGAUAGAGAGGGUUGUGCACAUAGAUGCAGAAACUAGGCAACUGCACAGAAGGAAAUUUCACAUUUGCUGCCCCGCCCACUUUUGCUUCUGGCCCUGCCCACCUCUCUGGCAUGUGGCCCCCAGAAGGUUGCCUAUAAGGGAAUGUGGCCCUUGAGAUGUCCCAACCUAAUGGAACAAUGCCACUCCUCUACUCCCAUUCAGAAUCAGAUGGCAGCUCUCAAUGCUUACUGAAAGCUCAGGCUGGCAUUGUAGCCUUUUAACUCUGUGCCUUACUUCUUUAUGGGCCACAGGGACCUAUUCUUGCUCCACUGAACUGCCUCUCCAUUUACUUCUCUCAUUCCAAAGCACGCUAAACGGUCUGGGCCUGGUUAGUAAUUUACCUGCUCCCACCCUACCCUCCAACAUUUAUCCGGUGAAAAUAGGGAUGUCCUAUUCAAUAUUAUUUUUAUUUUAUUAUUAUGUAUACCCUCUGCAUCUGACUGAGUUGCCCCAGCCAUUCUGGGCGGCUUCCAACAUAUAUA